AAUGAAAAGCACUGAAGUGCAAACCCUCGGCGCACUGUGACGCGCACGCGUAAGUAAACGCAUGCGCCGUACCACUAAUUGAUGGGCUGGGUUUAGUUUUAUCUGUCACUCGUGGUCUCUUCCCAGCUCGCGCAGAGUCUGACGCGGGCUAACUACACUACUAGAUAGCAUGCGAGAGGCGAUACACGCCCUGCGUUGCAUCUUCUGGUGCCUCCGAGGUACGCAGAGCACGCGGAUCGAUCAGACCGCGGUCGCGGUAAGCCGGGCGUCCCGUCCGUUGUGUAUUUGCAUAUUGGCUUUUUCGCGCUCUAGCUUUGCAACGGAGCAGUUUCAGAGAAAACCCCACAAAUUUUCUGACCUUCAUUGCCCAUUCAGUAGGUGGUAUCCUUUGUGA